AAGGAGACAACGGAGGAAAAAAAAAGCUAUUUUCUUUUUCAAAUCCGUAAAGUGUUAUUAUAUCUCCACAUCGUAAUAGGAGAUAGUAAACAGCAAAAAAUGAAUAAAUUAAAAUUAGGAAAUAGACAUCAGUUAUAGAAUAGAAGGCGUAUUUAAUAGUAUCAUCAUGAUGUGUUAGCCUUAUAAAUGAUGCUUCUUACAACUGAAUUUGAUUCAAUCGUACCAGUAGCUGGUUGGUUAUCGAAAAUGAUUGUCCCUUUACCAUUCGGUAGGUCCUGUUGGUCUUCAAAAUUUUUUGUUUUGCUUGGAUCAGAAUUGCGUUAUUAUAAAGACGAGCAUACAGAAACAGCAUCACAAAUAUUAGAUUUACAUCAGAUAAGUCAAGUUACUUGUGUAUCAACUAUAAAUCAUCCUUUUUGCUUUCGACUUGAGCCUAAAGAAAAUCAAAUAAUAAAACCUUGGAUCAUUGAAUGCAAAACAGAACAAGACAUGAAUACUUGGGUACUUACUAUUCAACAUAGAAUUAGAAGAGCCUAUUCUUCCGCUGUAAAGAUGGAUGACAUGCUACAAAUAUCAAAAAGAUGGCCUUUAUGCUGUUGUACAGUAUCGUCUAGUAAUAAAAAAUCUUUAUUAGCUCGCAGGAACAAAAAAUUGACUCCAAUCAUAACAAUGGAAUCUAUACAAUAUCUUCCUCCUCCUCCUCCUUCCUCCUCAUCACCUUGUAUGUCUUCCACUACUAACUCUUCUUCAAAAAGUAUAUUAUCAUCUUCUAGUACAGUUGUGGAUUUUUCUUCUGUUAUUUCUCCUGGUAUCAUCGAGCGAUAUUAUCCUUAUCAUCAAACAAAGUCGUAUCAAGAAGAGGAUGCAAUCUCUUUAGAAGAAAGCUCAUCACCUACUUAUUUAAACUACAAGAAGAGAUUCCAUUUAUAAACUCAUUUAUAUUACUGCAUUUUAUUUUAUUUUAUUUUAUUU